CCCAUUCGGACAGCUGCAGACGCCCUCGCCACCAUUUUAUGGAACUGCAUCAGUCACUCUGCAGGCUCAUCUCCAGGUGCCUGGUACCUUCAUUGACCAGGUACUGCAGGAGCGCCGGGUUGAGCUGCGACCCACCACGCUCUCUGAGGAGCGACACCUAGCCCAGCUUCAGAAGAGGACCUGCUCCUCCAAGCUACGAAGGCUUCUGUCCCUCAAACACCUACCUGAAGUUUACCCAGACAUGCUGAACCUUUUCUACCAUGCAUGUGUCAACAAGCGCUUAGGGACAGAACUCAGAGACUCAGUGAAAAAAGAGCCAUUAAGGGGAAAAGAUGCUGAUAUAUCCUGUCGGUCCCAUGUCAGGACAGGCUGCGGGACACCAGGUUCUGAGAAGAUGAAUAACUCAGCUCCUCUUAAAAAACGGAAAAGAGAUGGAAGGAGAAUGAGUGACUCAAAGAGGCUCUUCUCUGGGGAGAAUAUGCAACAGAAGCAUAAUGCUGAACCUGCUGGAAAAUUUGAGAACUGGAGUAUUGUGAGCUCCUUCUGUGAGAAUGGGGACAGCACACAGAGCACCUGUGAAGAAGGUAUAGAGAACAUACAGAUCAAGGUGGAGGAGGAUUCCUCUGAUCUGGAGCAGGCUGCGGAGCAGGAGCCCGACAAGGCAUGGGGCCCCGUGAUGUCCGAUGAGGUUUCUUCAGGAGACAGUGACACGGAGAAUGAUAGGACCUCCACAGUGUCAGAGCACAGCCAGUCCUCUGAUUCCACUAAGCCAUCAACAAGUUCCAGGGGCCGUUCUGGAAUGAUUCUGAAGUUGAGGAGGGUUCUAUUUGACAAAGGUUCUGGCAAGGAUGAUUCUGGGUUCCAGCCCAUUCGUGACAUGGGAAAUCAUGGACAGUCUGGAAUCAACGCAAGAAAGAUACCGGGUGUAGAAGGACGACACCAAGAACGCUCUCAAAGGAUUAGAGCCGGGGAGGUCCGGGAUCAGAGGGGAGUCCUCUUAGGGGCCACAGGGUACAUGGAGGCCGUGCAGCGCCACAGAUCCAAAACGUCCCUGUGCAUGAGCCGGCCACUAGUGCAGGUCAAGUACUGUUCCUACCUAUCCAGUGGGCCCAACAAGCAUCACAGGAGGUGGGUGCUGCGCUCAGCUGUGCGAGCCGCUCGGCGGGCCAUGAAGAACCGCUACCCUGAGCUGGUGGGCAAGAGAAUCUACCAUUUGUAUGAGGAGAAGGACAAAUCGGAGGUUUGGUACAAGGGGCUGGUGGUGAGGAUUCAUGAGCCCCAUCCUAACCCGCUGAAGACGGUCUUUGAGGUAAAGUAUGACAGUGAGCCAGAAUGGCAGUACUACUUGGAGCUGCUCAUGGACUACAAGAAAGGCUGGCUUAAGGUGGAGGACUAAGGACUUCCACGAAUAGUUUCGGAGGAGUGUGCAUGUUUGUUUGAAGUGCUGUGGAACAGUCGUUUGUGUGCUGGUGCUGCUUAAUGUCUUUUUUUUGCAUUGGUUGUUUGUGUGUGACAGUAUAAAAUAAAACAGAAUAAUUUUGAUCUGUAAAAGUAACGGAUCCCUAACGUUUAUUACCUCAUUAUAGCUGCCUUUUUCUUUUUUUUACUUUUGUGAAAUUUUAAGUUUGCUUCACUGGAGUUUAAUAAAUGGAGAAAGAUGCAAAG